UGCCGGCACCCGCCGAAGGAGGAGCCGUCCCGACGAGGCGUCCCCAUUCCCAGCCCGCGGGCUCUGGAGUUUAUAAAGCGCAGGAUUAGCGCCCCGAGGGCACGGCCACACCUGGAUUUACCUUCCGGCCCGCGGGCAGCGCCGCUCUCCGCGCUCGGCGGACCUUUUGGGGAAUACAGAACGAGCGGCGCGAGGAUGAGAGCGCGGCGCGCCUGCGGCCUGACGCUGCUGUUAGUGCUUUUGCAGCAGAGCGCGUCCGGCUCCGGCGUCUUCCAGCUGAAGCUGCACGAGUUCGUCAACAGCCGCGGGGCGCUGGCCAGCGGAGAGCCCUGCGCCCCGCACUGCCGCACCUUCUUCCGCGUCUGCCUCAAGCACUUCCAGGCGGUGGUGUCGCCGGGCUCCUGCACCUUCGGCAGCAUCAUCACCCCGGUGCUGGGGGUCAACUCCUUUAGCAUCCGCGACACGGAGCGGUUCGACAGCCCCAUCAAGCUGCCCUUUAACUUCACGUGGCCGGGGACCUUCUCGCUCAUCAUCCAGGCCUGGCACGCGCCCGCCAAUUACCUGCCGCAAGGCUCGCGGCCGCCGCCGGAGGAGUGGCUCAUCAGCCAGAUGGCUAUCCAGCGGUCGCUGGCGGUGGGUGAGGUCUGGUCUCAGGAUGUGCAGAGCAGCCUGCUGACCCAGCUGCGCUACUCCUACCGCGUGGUCUGCAGCGAGAACUACUACGGAGAGAGCUGCUCCCGCCUCUGCAAGCGCCGUGACGACCGCUUUGGGCACUAUGUCUGCGAGGUGGAUGGCAGCCUGACCUGCCUGCCUGGCUGGACCGGCGAGUACUGCACCAAGCCCAUCUGUCUGUCUGGAUGUGCCGAACAGAAUGGAUAUUGCACCAAGCCUGGAGAGUGCAUCUGUCGUUCUGGUUGGCAAGGCCGCUACUGCGAUGAAUGCAUUCCCCACAUAGGCUGCCGCCAUGGGACUUGUAAAACACAAUGGCAGUGCAUAUGUGACGAAGGAUGGGGUGGCCUCUUCUGUGAUCAAGAUCUGAACUACUGCACUCACCACAGACCAUGCAAAAAUGGAGCAACUUGCAUGAACACUGGCCAGGGCAGCUAUACGUGUUCAUGCAAACCUGGCUUUACUGGUGUUGACUGCGAACAUGAGAUCAGCGAGUGUGACAGCAAUCCCUGUAGGAACGGCGGUAGUUGCACAGAUUUGGAGAAUGGUUAUCGCUGCGCCUGCCCCCCUGGCUACUAUGGAGCUCACUGUGAGCACAGUGCUUUGACGUGUAUCGAUUCUCCGUGCUUCAAUGGAGGCACAUGCUUGGAAAAAGAACAAGGAGCCAGCUACACUUGUGUUUGCCCUUUUGGUUUCACGGGGUCAAACUGUGAAAAAAAAGUAGACAGGUGCACAAGCAACCCAUGUGCAAAUGAUGGUAAUUGCUUUUACCUUGGUCAGAUUCGUGUGUGUCGUUGUCGGGCUGGCUUCUCUGGUCAGAAAUGUGAGAUUAACAUCAAUGACUGUGCCAGGAACCCGUGUUCCAAUGGGGGAACUUGUCAUGACCUGAUCAAUGACUACACGUGCACGUGCUUGCCAGGCUAUAGCGGCAGGAACUGUGACAUCAAGACCAGAGAUGAAUGUGCUUCUGGGCCAUGUGAGAACGGAGGCACAUGCUACAGUGGACUUUAUAGUGCCAACUUUGUCUGCUACUGUCCUUCUGGCUUCAUGGGCAGCCGUUGUGAACUACCAGUUUAUUCAGUGCCCAUCACACUUCCUCCUAAACCAGUCCCCUGGAUUGCUAUAUCUAUGGGAGUGGGGCUUGUGGCUUUGCUCAUACUGUUCUGCAUGAUAGCAAUGGUCAUCAGGCAGAUGAGGAUGCACCCACAGCAGGACUUGGAGACAAUGAAUAACCUGUCUGACUUCCAGAAGGACAAUCUCAUUCCAGCUUCCCAGCUCAAAAACACCAAUAAAAAUAAAGACCUUGAAGUGGACUGUGGGCUCGAGAAGUCAAACUACAAACCCAAGAAUCAUAAACUGGACUACAAUCUAGUAAAAGAUCUGACAAGUAGAGGGACACAGGAAGAUAAAUAUUACAAAAGUGAAAAGUGUUUAGGAGAGAAGUCUCCACUCCGACUACACAGUGAAAAGCCGGAAUGUAGAAUAUCAGCGAUAUGUUCUCCAAGGGAUUCAAUGUACCAGUCCGUCUUUGUGAUAACAGAAGAAAGGAAUGAGUGCAUCAUAGCCACAGAGGUAUAAGACUGAAGAUCAGCCUGUUUGCACCUCAGAUUUGGUAAUGCCAGUAGAUGGACGUUCCUGCUGCAUUGUUUACAAUUCAGAACUGGAUUGGACUGUUUGUAAUUACAUGCAACUUGCUGCUCUCAGGUGGAGGAUGGAACUGGACAGACUGUGAAUUUACUGAAAGAUGCAAUAGACUUAUUCAUUCUUACUGCUCUUGUUUGACAUUUGAUGCCACAAAUCUCACUGGCUAUACAUGAAGGGAGGCAGAGGGAAGAGAGAGGGGUUAAACAUGUUAACUUUUGAUUUGCUUUUGAAAGAUACUGAGGCCAAUUCCUCAUGGACAGACCCGUGGCUUUCCAGAACUUUGGUAUGGGAGGUGCUGGUAGAUGAGGAGGCACUUAACUGUCACAGAUGUUGCUGUGGAAGGUGUGAAGAAAGGUGCAUGGCUGUGCAGAUAAUGGAUACAGUAUAAAUGAGGUCUCCACUUUUUUUUUUUUUUUUUUUUUUUUAAAUGGGUUUAAAAGUGC